GCUAGCCUAGCCGUGCCGGGGAAAACGGGCGAUCGUACUGUAUUUUGGUGAGAACAGGCCAACUACUUGGAAGGCAUACCUAAUGACCUCGGACUCGGGACCUCGGAGUGUGUCUUUAGAGCUCAUCGAACACGAUCCACAUCUUCGAGCUGCCUACCACUUCCGGUAGGACGGCAUUGGAUCAUGGUAGGGGUGCAUGGGCAGCUCAGAAUAUAGUCUCCCUGGGAACAUGUAUAAAGUGCACCAACUGCCUUCCACUCAUGCUCCUUUCGACAGAACCAAGAUCGCGUUCCCACCACCUUCUUCUUCAUCUCUUUCUUCUCCCAUCAAACAUAGAACAUGUCGCAAGUCAUCGCAUUCGUGAGUGGAGCCACCGGCCAACAAGGCGGUGCCACAGCGCGCGAGCUCGUUACUGCCGGAGUCCGAGUACACGCGCUUGCCCGGGACCCGUCCUCAAAAUCAGCCGUGGAGCUCCAGCGCCUCGGGGUGCGGCUCUUCCCCGGCGACUAUGACAAUCUCUCCGCCCUGAAAGCAGCGAUGGAGGGCGCGACGGCCGUCUUCCUGAAUGUGUCGCCCAUGCUGUCGGACCUCCGAGGCGAGGUGGUGCAUGCCAAGAACAUCCUCAACGCGGCGAUCGCAUCCGGCACCGUGACCAGCAUCGUCUACUCGAGUGUGGCGAUGACCGGACAGCACGAGUCGUUCCCCAACUGGGGCCCCGAGUACCCGCUGCGGUGGUACUGGGAGAACAAAGCCGACAUCGAGGCCAUGGUGCGCGCCUCGGGACUGCAACACUGGACGAUCCUGCGGCCCGCCCUCCUGAUGCACAACUACCACGCGCCGAUGGCGGCGUACAUGUUCCCGGAGCUGGUCCAGCAACGGGCCUUUCGGACGGCCUACAGGCCCGAGACGGUGAUGACGGUGCUGGCAGCCGAGGACGUGGGCAGGUUCGCGGCGGCGGCCCUCACCGACCCGCGCGCCUAUCACACCCACGAGAUCGACCUGGGGGUCGAGUCGCUCACGCCGGCGCAGAUCGUGCAGGAGCUGUGCCGGGUCAGCGGGGAGGAGAUUCAGCUGGAAUUCUACAGCGAGGAGGAAGCGAAAGCCCUGGCCGCGAGGGAUCCCAGACUCUACUCCCAUCUGUGGGCAAAUGAGGUGGGCUACCAGGUCGAUUUCACGGCCCUCGAGAAGUACCCGAUUCGCUUGACGAGGUUCGCGGACUAUCUUGACAAGCAUCGCGACGAUGUUCGCGCGAUGUUCAAGUGAGCAUGUUGUUUUUUUAUAUGCCUGUUACCUGUAAAGGGCAGAUGGCGGAUCGGUGAAUAGAAUUGAUAUAAGAUUAUAAAAGAAAUAAAUCAAUCAGGCAAGAAUUCUAUUCCUAGAAAAAAAAAAAGAAGGCCCGCAGGGCCUU